AUGGCCGCCACCCACAAACGCCCCGAAAUCAUCGCCCUCGCACAAGACCUCAACGGUGUCCCCAUGUGCGAGCAGUACAACCCAAACAACCCCAAACUCCUUGAAGCGCGCCACCACUGCCGCGGCGUGACAGCCGACUAUAACUCCUUCAACACGAAGACGGUCUCGUACGACCAGAUCUUCGCGAAGAGACUGGAGAUGCUGCGUCGGGUCGUCGGAAAGGUUGGCGAUGGGACGUUCGUGGAGCCGCCGUUUUUGCCGGAUUAUGGGUACACCAGCCUCGUGGUAAUCGGCGACAGAGUCCAAAUCGGCACGAACGUGAGUAUCUUCAGCGCAGGCCACGACACCAGCAUCCUCUCGCGGCAGAAAUUUGUCGAGUUCGGACACCCCGUGUUCAUCGAGGAUGAUUGCUGGAUUGGUGGGAAUGUGGUGAUUCUUCCUGGUGUGCGUAUCGGACGCGGGUCGACUAUUGGAGCGGGGUCGAUUGUUACGAGGGAUGUUCCGGCUUUCUCGGUCGCUGUUGGGAGUCCGUGUCGGGUGAAGAAGACGAUUCCUUCGCCGGAGGAGGAGGAAAGGGAUCCGGGGAAUCCGUAUCGGGUGUUGGUGAGGGAGGAUAGGGAGAUUUAA